UCACUCUGUGUCACUCUGCUCUAAAACCCUGGGGGAACAUGGUCUCUGCUGAACACUGAGAGGACAAUUGUCUCGCGCCAAGGAAGAACUGUCCUGCUUUAUUCUGACACUUUGGAAGUAUGCAAUAAUACAGCUGGUUUUGGUUGGAAUUCCCCCCUAUCUGCCUAAACCAAGACAGGAGGCUCACACAACUCUGAGGCCAACGCUUUUUAAGGAUGAAUCAAGAGUUGAGGUUGAAUAUGUUUCUCAGCAUACUCAUCCAAAAACAUGCAACAAGAUAUAGCUAGCUUCCCUCUCCACUGGCCCCAAGAUGGAGGUGAUGAGGACCUUCAACCAGCCUCCAACCUCCAGCCAUCCAACCCACACCCUUAACGACUCAGACACCUGCACUACCCUGUACAACCACCGGGGUUACGCCCGAGUCCUCAUGCCCAUCUUCUACUGCAUUGUCUUCUCCGUGGGGUUGCUGGGCAAUGCCCUGGCCUUCCACAUCAUCCGCCCCAACGUGAAGAAGAUGAACUCCACCACGCUCUACUCCGCCAACCUGGUCAUCUCCGACAUCCUGUUCACACUGUCACUACCAUUACGGAUAAUCUACUACGCCUUGGGCUUCCACUGGCCCCUGGGGGAGGCCCUGUGUAAGAUCACAGGGCUGAUCUUCUACAUCAACACUUACGCCGGGGUCAACUUCAUGACCUGCCUCAGUGUGGACCGGUUCAUUGCUGUCGUCUUGCCGCUCCGAUUCGCACGCUUCCGUAAGGUCUCCAAUGUCCGGUACAUUUGUGUCGGGGUGUGGUUGCUGGUCUUAAUGCAAACUCUGCCCCUCCUCUCCAUGCCCAUGACUAAUGAGGAACCUGAUGGCCUCAUCACCUGUAUGGAGUAUCCCAACUUCGAACUGGUGCCCAACAUCUCCUAUAUCCUGAUUGGCGCCGUAUUCCUAGGCUACGGAGUCCCCGUGGUGACCAUCCUGGUGUGCUACUCCAUACUGUGCUAUAAACUCCGCCUCGCCGCCAAGGCCAAUCAGCUGACGGACAAGUCGGGGCGCAGCCAAAAAGCCAUCGGGGUGAUCUGCUGCGUCUCCCUGGUGUUUGUGGUCUGUUUCAGCCCCUAUCACAUCAACCUCCUCCAAUACAUGAUCCGAAAGCUGAUCUACACACCAGACUGUGCUGAACUCACAGCCUUCCAGAUCUCCUUACACUUCACUGUUUGCCUGAUGAACCUCAACUCCUGCCUGGAUCCAUUCAUCUACUUCUUUGCCUGUAAGGGUUACAAGAGUAAGGUGCUGAAGAUCCUGAAGAGGCAGGUGAGCGUGUCCUUCUCCAGCGCAGCGCGGACAUUCCCCGAGGGGUCGUCCAGAGACGUCAACGAUGGUAUGAAGAUCCACCUCAAUAGCGCUACACACAAACCGUGAGAGAAUAUGGUGAAAGGUGAGCCGACGACCAACCAACAGAUUGGAGAGCCAACAACCAUCAAUCAGACCGGUGAGCCAACGAUCAGCCAACAGACCGGUGAGCCAAUGACCAGUCAACGACCAAGUGAGAAUGAUGAGCCAAUGACCAACAGUUCAGCAGCCAACAGUUACCAGCAGUGAGACAGAAACCAGCAAAUUGCCAGAAGAUCUCUGAGGAGAACUAUAACUCUAUAACUGAUUACAAGUUUAAAGAGGCAUCUCACACCCUCUGGAAAUAGAGACACUGAUCUAGGACAGCCCAGGUAGCAGACUGUUUCUGCAUCCAACAAAGUGCUUGCCUAUAUAAUGACAAGUUGAUCAAAAGGAGAAACACAUAAGAACAUUAUUAAACAGCAUGGCCGCUUGCAUGAGAAGAUGUCUUGAAAUGGACAGCUGAAUAUUACUUAAUUGUUUCAGAGAUUCUGAUCAAUGAAUACAAAGCUUUGGACCAUUACAAUGCAGAGGAAUGAAGAUUAGAAACCAUGUUGAUUAUAUUUUUUGUAUAUACACUUAAUGAAUUAUUCUUCAAAAUAACCUUGUGAUUAUUGAUAAAUGUUAAAUAUUUCAACACCAUGUACUAAAUGUAACCAUGUCCCUCAAUUAAUUGAAUCAGGAUCAAUGACAUUUUUUACCAAGAUGUUCAAAUGUAUUAAUUAGUUUGUUCACAAUGGUUUCCCUCUGUUCUUGAUUAAUGUGAUUGUUGUAUGUGGCCAUCAAACCAUGUCAUUUUAAAUAAAUAAGAAAUAUAAAUAAAUUA